AUGUCGACGACGACGCGCGCGACCGCGGUGGUGGGCGCGGCGCGCGCCCCGCGCGUCGGUCGCGCGAAGGCGAGGACGCGGAUGCCGACGGAUAAGUCGACGACGCGACGCGCGACGCGCGCGAACGCGAGCGAUGACGCGGAGACGGGGACCGCGGUGGACGGAAGGAAGAGCGCGUCGAUUCGCGGCGUGACGACGACGACGGGAGAGGCGGUGAGCGAUGGACCGCGGCCGAUGUUGAUGGUGGACCUGGCGGCGGGGACGGUGAAGUUCGCGCCGACGAAGCGGCAGAAGAGUCAGGCGACGGCGAAGAAGGAUCAGGCGGUGAAGCGGGUGUCGGUGGAGAUGAAGACGAAAGGGAACGUCGUGAUCGGGGUGCUGGAGGAGGAGGAUGUGGACGAUGCGACGAAUUUGGUGAUGGACUUGUUUUUCAAGGUGAGGCCGCAGGAUAUCUUGGCGAAGAACCGAUUGCGAGGCGAACAAGCGAAGCGCGUGCGCAUGGGACUUUUGGACGGCGUGAAGACGGCGGAGGAUCGUAUUUUGAUAUCUGCCAAGGUUGGGAACGUGUUGGUGGGGAUUUCGGAGGUGUCGUUGCCGAACGGCAAUAGAUACGGGGCCGACAAGCUGCAGCCGAGGGCGCCGAGGGACAAGGCGUACUUGUCAGACGUGUGCGUGAGCCCGACGCAGCGCGGGCGUGGGAUCGGCCGACAACUCGUGCUCGCGGCCGAGCGCGCGAUGGCGAAUAUGGGCGAAACCAUAUUGUACACGCACACUAAGGUUGACAACGAGGCUGCGCAGAUUCUCUUUGAAAAGUGCGGAUACGAGGAGCCGCCUGAGGUCAAGGCGAAGCUCACCUCGGCGCAAAUCGCGCAACGUUCGAGCAAGAACAAUCCCUUCGCGAAGCUCGGUCUCGUCGAGGUUGGGCACAUUUUGCUCGCGAAACCACUCACAAACUCUGACCUGCCGCCGUAG